AUUCGAAACCCGCCCGCACCGCACCGCAGUUUCUGUUUCCCGUUAGGCUUCCUGUCUCCUUCUCCGGCUCCGGUGACGGCCGGCGGCGGCGGCAGCGGCAGCGAUGGGGGUAAAGAACCUCUGGGACAUCCUCGACUCCUGCAAGAAGAAGCUCCCGCUCCAGCACCUCCAGAACAAGAAGGUGUGCGUGGAUCUUUCCUGCUGGCUCGUGCAGCUCUGCAGCGCCCACCGCUCCCCGGCCUUCCUCAAGGACAAGGUCUACCUCAAGAACCUCUUCCACCGCAUCCGAGCCCUCCUCGCCCUCAAUUGCAGCCUCGUCUUCGUCACAGAUGGGGCGAUUCCUUCUGUCAAAUUGGCAACUUACAGGCGCCGCCUCGGAGUAAAUGCUGCUGAGAUUGCUGCUGCUGCUUUGUUCUUGUUCCCCUCAAUUUUCCCUCAACCUCAGUCAUUUAAAUUCUCCUUUGGAAUCAAUUCACCCCAGGCUGCUCGAGAGGAGGACAACUCACAACCCUUGACUUCUUUGCGCCGGAACAAGAGCUCUGAAUUCUCGCGCAUGAUAAAAGAGGCCAAGCAUCUUGGGAUGGCCCUGGGCAUCCCCUGCUUGGAUGGGGUGGAAGAAGCGGAAGCACAGUGCGCAUUGCUCAAUUUUGCCUCCUUGUGCGAUGGCUGUUUUACAUCAGAUUCAGAUUCAUUCCUUUUCGGUGCAAGGACAGUUUAUAGAGAUGUUUUCAUAGGAGACGGUGGCUAUGUAAUUUGCUAUGAGAUGGAAGACAUUGAGAAAAAGCUUGGUUUUGGCAGGAACUCACUGAUAUCUCUUGCAGUACUUCUUGGUAGUGACUAUUCUAAUGGAGUUCUAGGCUUCGGCCCGGAAGCAGCAUGCCGUCUUGUUAAGUCUGUAGGGGAUGAUGCCAUUCUUGAUCAGAUUUUGUCCAAUGGAGUUAAGCCUACAAGAAAAUCUAAAGCAAAAAAUAGUGGCGUCAAUGUUGAGAGGGUUGGUGGCACAUGCCCAAAAGCAAGUACCUGCAAGCUUGCGAUGAGCCAAGAUUCUGGUGGUCAAUUUCGUGAUAUAAUAAAUGCAUAUCUGGAGCCAAAAUGUCAUUCACCUGAUUCAGAAGCUGUGCAGAGGGCAUGCAGCCAGCAUCCAUAUCUUCGGUCACAACUGCAACAGAUAUGUGAGCAGUACUUUGAAUGGAGCCCUGAGAAGACUGAUGAAUAUAUCCUUCCAAAGAUAGCUGAGAGGGAACUCAGAAGAUUUUCAAAUCUUCGCUCCACGUCUUCAGAUCUAGGAACUAAACCUUCACUAAAUGAGAUUCCAGUACCAUGCCCUGUAUUGGCAAUUCUGAAGCAGCGAAAAGUUCAAGGAAAUGAAUAUUAUGAGGUUUCAUGGAGAAACAUAGAUGGGCUCCAAGUUUCAGUUGUUCCAGGGGAUCUUGUUAGAAGUGCUUGCCCAGAAAAAAUAGCUGAAUUUUUGGAAAAGAAGGAUGAGCAGAAGAAGCAAAAGAGGAGAGCUAGGCCAAAGAAAUCAGCUCCAGCUGCCGUUAAAGAGGUGGAUGCGCAGCUCCAAGAAUUGUUGCUUGGAAUUGAAUCUGAAAGUGGUACCCUUACAUGUACAGCGGCUAGCCCUCAGAAAGCAGAUAUACACACUGUGGCACCGCUCCAGGAUAUUGUUGACCUGUCUUCUCCAUCCCCGCCUAUACGAGCUUGUAAGAUUGCGAGGUCCAGAAAGUUUAGUGAAUCAGCUGCAGGACCCAUGGAUGGGAUUGAUCUGCAGAGCCAAAGUCUGCUACCUGGAACAAUGGAGUUACAAGAAAACACCCUUUUGUGUGACAUGCAGAAUUGGACACAGGAUAAUGACGUGAUUGAUUUAUUUUCACCCUUGCCUUGUGCUGCUCAUAAACCCCACACCACUCAAGGCUUGCAACUCUGUAUCUCAGAUAUAAGCAAUUUUCCUGAGAAAGGCAACACGCUGGGCGCUCUAUGUUACAAGCUUGAAGGUGGAGCAAGAGGCAGCGAUGUGCAUACGGAAGAAGCAUCAUCCUCAAUCAGCCAUGGCAUCGAGGUGGCAGGCAAAGCUGAUGAUUGUUCCUGGAGAAGCGAUGCGGAGAAUAAUGCAGUAGCAGAAGCUGUGACAAUCGAUCUGUCCUCCCCUUCGCCAGUUAUAGGCGAUAAAAGCAAAAAAAAUGUAGAUGUAAUAGGCAUUUGUGAAGCUGAUAGUGACAGGUCUCCUGAACAUGAGAGGAAAGCAAGAGAGCUCAGGUCGUUUCUGGCCAGUAUAAGAAACGAGUUGUAUUGAACAUAGUUAAAGAUGAAGGUAAUUGGUCCAGCCACCGAGUGGUGACCAUGGAA